CAGUAGCCAGGCUAUGCUACAGUGGAUUAGACAAAGACAAACAGUAGCUCUAGUCCAGUGGAAUACAUUACAGAGACCUGUCUCUUUAAAUUACUGUCAAAGCCGAUUAGCGCUGUUUUCACCGUCUGUUCUCCUCAAUCUAUUUUGGUUUUACGCUGCUACAAGCCUGCACGAUAAGCCUUUUGCGAUUUUCCAUUUGUAUAGGCUAUAUUUUUCUCGUCAUUUGGGAUGUUUUGGAUUCCCUUUCUAAAAAGUUUGAGGCAUGAGACGUGGGAUUAUUUAUUUAUUUCUGGCUUCUUCGCGGCGCACAGAGUGGACAGGACUCAAAUUUUCCCCUGCGCGUCUGUGGUGAACUUGGAUUAGCGCGCUCUCUCCUCCACAUCUACUUUCUCUCUCAUAUCCUGUCCAACUCUCUCCGAAAAUAUGAUAGAUAUGUCACAGAUAUGACAUCAAUAACAACGACCACUUUUUGAAAUCGACUGAAAGAGAAGGGGUCUCCCGGAAAAUGCAGAAGAGCGUGCGGUAUAAUGAGGGGCACGCUCUAUAUCUGUCGCUUGUCGCGCGCAAAGAGGGCACGAAACGCGGCAUCCUGAGCAAGAAGACGACGGAGAACAGUCGGUGGAAUGACAAGUACUUUGCUCUCUACCAGAAUGUGCUCUUUUACUUCGAGAACGACCAGAGCACACGGCCCUCCGGGAUUUACUUGCUGGAGGGGUGCACGUGCGAGAGGGUUCCCGCGCCCAAAGGCGCCACGGUCAGUAAGGACAUGGUGGACAAGCAGCAGCACUACUUCCUGGUGGUGUUUGGCCAUGACGGUCAGAAGCCUCUGGAGCUGCGGACAGAGGAGGAGUCAGACUGCAAAAAGUGGGUGGAGUCUAUCCAACAGGCCAGUUACUCUGACAUCAUCAUUGAGCGCGAGGUCCUGAUGCAGAAGUACAUCCACCUGGUCCAGAUCAUGGAGACAGAGAAGGUGGCGGCCAACCAGCUACGCACCCAGCUAGAGGACCAGGACACAGAGAUAGAGAGGCUGAAAGCAGAGAUCGUGCUGUUGAACAAGGCCAAGGAGAGGAUGCUGCCUUACCAGACCAACCAGGAGGAGGAGGACCCAGACAUUAAAAAGAUCAAAAAGGUCCAGAGUUUCAUGCGAGGCUGGCUGUGUCGGAGGAAGUGGAAGAUCAUUGUCCAGGACUACAUCUGUUCCCCCCACGCUGAGAACAUGAGGAAGAGGAACCACAUCGUGUUCAACAUGGUGGAGGCAGAGACCGAAUAUGUCUGCCAGCUCUCUGUCCUGGUCAACUUCUUCCUCAGGCCGCUACGUAUGGCCGCCAGCUCCAAGAAACCUCCCAUCAGCCACGAUGACGUUAGCAGCAUCUUCCUCAACAGUGAGACCAUCAUGUUCCUCCAUGAGAUCUUUCAUCAGGGCCUGAAGGCUCGGAUAGCCAACUGGCCUACGCUGGUUCUGGCGGACCUGUUUGACAUUCUGCUGCCCAUGCUGAACAUCUACCAGGAGUUUGUGAGGAACCACCAGUACAGCCUGCAGGUGCUGGCCAACUGUAAACAGAACAGGGACUUGGACAAGCUGCUGAAGCAGUAUGAGGCGAACGCUGCCUGUGAGGGACGCAUGCUGGAGACCUUCCUCACUUACCCCAUGUUCCAGAUCCCUCGUUACAUCAUCACUCUCCAUGAGCUGCUGGCACACACGCCUCAUGAGCACGUGGAGCGCAAGAGCCUGGAGUUCGCCAAGUCCAAACUAGAGGAGCUGUCAAAGAUGAUGCAUGAUGAGGUGAGCGAUACAGAGAACAUUCGUAAGAAUCUGGCCAUCGAGAGAAUGAUCGUAGAAGGCUGUGACAUAUUACUGGAUACCAGCCAGACCUUUGUCAGACAGGGCUCUCUGAUCCAGCUCCCAUCCAGCAGUGAACGGGGCAUGCUCAGUAAGGUCCGUCUAGGCUCUCUGUCCCUCAGGAAGGAAGGAGAACGACAGUGCUUCCUGUUUACGAAACACUUCCUUGUCUGCACACGCACCUCCGGGGGAAAGCUGCACCUGCUCAAGCAGGGUGGGGUGUUGUCCCUAAUAGAAUGUACCCUUGUAGAGGAGCUGGAUGCCAACGAUGAGGACUACAAUGCAGGAGGUCAGGGCUUCAACCACCUGGAGUUUAAAAUUGUGGUGGAACCCCCUGAUGGCCCCGCCUUCUCUGUCGUCCUAUUGGCUCCCUCCCGCCAGGAGAAAGCGGCCUGGACCAGUGACAUCAGUCAGUGUAUAGAUAAUAUCCGCUGUAAUGGCCUGAUGACCAGCGUAUUUGAGGAGAACUCUAAAGUAACUGUGCCGCACAUGAUCAAGUCGGACGCACGGCUGCACAAAGAUGAUGUGGACAUCUGCUUCAGCAAGACGCUCAACUCCUGCAAGGUCCCCCAGAUCCGCUACGCCAGCGUGGAGCGGCUGCUGGAGAGGCUGACUGACCUGCGCUUCCUCUCUAUCGACUUCCUCAACACCUUCCUCCACACGUACAGGAUCUUUACUACCGCUGCUGUGGUCAUGGACAAACUGGCCGACAUAUACAAGAAACCUUUUACCUCUAUACCGGUCAGGUCUCUGGAGUUGUUCUUUGCCACCAACCAGGGGACGUGGGGAGGCGAGCACCUCAACAACAAAUCUCCCCGUCUAUGUCGCAAGUUCUCCUCUCCUCCUCCUCUCACCAUCCCCUCCCGCACCUCCUCCCCGGUUCACUCCCGCAAACUCUCCCUCUCCUCCCCGGUCUCCUCCAAGGCAGGAGUCCUAGACCUCUCCACCCCUUCCUCCUCUGCUGCUAACUCCCCCACUUCCUCUCACCCUCCCUCUAUCUCCUCCCCCCCUCCCAACGCCACCAAGCCCCCUUCAGGGUUUUCCUCGCCUCCUCCCACCUCCACCCGGGCUCCAUCGGGGUUCUCGUUCCCCCCUCCCACCUGCACGCGGGCUCCCAGUCUGCCAACAGUCCUGGGGGUCUCCACCUCCCCUCCCACCACCACAAAAGCCCUUCUAGAACUGAGCCGCCCCACCGGUUCACCGGAACCUGUCCCCCCAACGCCGGAAGAGGGAGGAGACAUGCCGCGCAUCGAUGCAUUCUGUGGAAAACUCAGACGCAGCAUCCGCAGGGCUGUUCUGGAGACGGUUUCUCUGGAGAAGUUCCUCCCAGAGUCUAACCCUCAAGUCAGCGAGGACCGCGUCCCCCUGACAGAGUCCCCCUGUCGCUCGCCCUCUACACCCAGACACAUGCGAUACAGACAGUCUGGAGGUUCCACGGGGGAAAACAAUCGUGGUACUAUGUCACCAGCCUCAGCCUUCGCUAUUGCCACGGCAGCCGCCGGACACGGCAGUUCCCAGGGUUUCAAUAAUAGUGAGAGGACUUGUGACAAGGAGUUUAUCAUCCGUAGAGCUGCUACCAACAGAGUCCUCAACGUACUGCGUCACUGGGUCUCCAAGCACUCACAGGACUUUGAGAUGAACAGUGAGCUGAAGGUGGGUGUAAUGACCCUUCUGGAGGAGGUGCUACGAGACCCAGACCUGCUGCCUCAAGAGAGGAAAGCCACCGGAAACAUUCUAAGUGCCCUUUCUCAAGAUGAACAAGAUGAUGCUCAACUCAGGAUAGAAGACAUCCUACAGACGGCGGAGUGUCCCAAAGCAGAGUGUUUUGAGUCUCUGUCUGCGAUGGAGCUGGCUGAACAGAUCACCCUGCUAGACCACAUUGUGUUCAGGAGCAUCCCUUACGAAGAGUUUCUGGGCCAGGGCUGGAUGAAGCUGGACAAGUCAGAGAGAACUCCAUACAUCAUGAAGACCAGUCAGCACUUUAACGAUAUGAGUAACCUGGUAGCGUCUCAGAUCAUUGCCCAUACAGACGUGGGCUCCAGGGCGAACUCCAUAGAGAAGUGGUUGGCGGUUGCUGAUAUCUGUCGCUGCCUUAACAACUAUAACGGAGUUCUAGAGAUCACCUCGGCUCUCAACCGUAGCGCCAUCUACAGGCUGAAGAAGACAUGGGCCAAAGUCUGCAAACAGACCAAGUCAUUGAUGGACAGGCUGCAGAAGACAGUGUCAUCAGAGGGCCGGUUCAAGAACCUGAGAGAAACCCUGAAAAACUGCAACCCUCCCUGUGUGCCCUAUCUGGGGAUGUAUCUGACUGACCUGGCCUUCAUCGAAGAGGGAACGCCCAACUUCACCGAGGAGGGACUCGUCAACUUCUCCAAGAUGAGGAUGAUGUCUCACAUCAUCAGAGAGAUCCGUCAGUUCCAGGGUGCGCCCUACAGGAUAGAGCACCAAGCCAAGGUAACUCAGUUCCUGCUGGAUAAGACUCUGGUGAUGGAUGAGGACACGUUGUAUGAGCUGUCCCUGAAGAUUGAACCCCGCAUCCCUCCUGGCUAAACACACAGAAACACCACCCAGUCGCUCUCAGUCCAGCUGCAUCAGACACUUAGUAAUUAGGGUUCUUAUUGUUAUCUGCUUGGUAACAAUGGAACCAGUGGACGGGAGAGCCCUGAGAAUCCCCCGGUUAAGGGUUCCUGUUACUUUGUCAGCAUUGCCAAUGAUUAUGCUUAAGAACUCUGGUGAAGAUGUGCCUUGCUUGUAAAUAUGUACAUAUCAAGAUUUAGUAAUAAACUGUAAAGUGUGUUUAUAACAUGUGAUAAUGAUUUCCUGAUGAUCUUGCAUGCAUUUCCAUGUAUACAUUUACAUUGCUCUGAAAAAGCCUCAAGUAGAACCCAGGUAGAGUCAUGUAUGGCUGUGACUGAUUAUGAGAGAGAUGUCUAGACUAAUGGCAGCGUGCCAGACUAAUGGCAGCUGUGGGCAGACUAGUGGGGAGGAACAGUGGCGGUCACUAUAUUGCCCUCUACUGGUGAACUGGUGAAAUUCAGCCUCAUAUCAAAUAGUGAUAACAUUCCCCAAAGGUUUUUGCACUUCCUUGAAGACAUCUCCAUGGGUCCAAUUCAAUAUUUUCCUUGGAGUCCGGGUUGUGUCCUGUCUGAUUGUCAUCGGGUCUCCGGUCUAUUUAACUACAGCUGAUAGACUAGAGUGGACCCGAAUAGACCCGACCACAGCUCUGCAUAGCCUAUAGCAUAUUUAUUAUACGCUAAUAAGGUGAAUGUAUUGACUUAUAGAAGGCCUAGCCAAAAUAUAAAAAACUAUUUGUUAACCAGAAGACCAACUUGGAAGAUAAACAUGAUUUUUUUUGUCACUCGGGUCCAAUCGAGUCUAUCUGUGUCUGUUGAACAAUUACCUGAUUGGUUCUGGCCUUGUUCCUGUUGACACACACUGAUGAUGUAAGCAUGGACUUUACAUCCCGUCAUUUAGCAUGUUCAUUUAUUUACUUAUUUAUUAAGCAUUUGAAACAUUGUUUUAGGUCUGUCUAUUGUUGUAUUCACACUGGGCACAGACAUCAAUUCAACAUGUAUUCCACAUUGGUUCAACCAGUGGGUUCCCCGUGGGUUCUCUGUAUAAAGGUUUUAAACUGUUAUUUGUGACAAGAAACAUUUUAAGAAGAUAUUCGCAUGAGGAGCCACUUUUCUCAACCUUGUAAUUAUGCACAAUCUAAUAUACUGUAGAUAAUUCUCCCCAGAGCCAGACAGUGUAUAGAGAAUAUACAUGUACGGCUUAACCUUUGCCAGUCCUGACCCAAAUCGCAGUUUCAGAAAUGUUCUUCAAUUAAGUGUAACAUGUCUGUUUUGCGAAUGACGACAUUCAAGUAAAGGGACUUGACCCAAGCGGUCGUUACAGUUUACUUACAACUUGUGUCUGAAUAUUUCUCAAUGUUGUAAUUUAUCUCUGGAUGUGUUUAUUUAUUAGUAUUUGUUCCAUUUUUAUCUGAUUACUUGUUAAACAGUAUUAUUGGAAAUCUUGCGCUAUUGAUUUGUAAAGUAUGUCAAUAGAUGUGUAACUUCUUGGAGCUUUUGGAUCGUUAAAGCGGUACGUUUCUCUUUCCUUACAGUGUUGUUCUUCAGAUAACUGCUUUUCCCAGACUGCUUCCGUUUUCUACAGUCCUGAAUGGCAGGAAUCUUUCUCACAUCCUGAUAGCAUCCACGGUCCUGCUUUUAUACCUGAACAUGUACUUUGUUAUAAAACCUGCUGUUUAACCGCUGUAUUUUUCCAUGCACUUCCUUAGAGAAUGUACAGAUUUACACUCCUGGCUUGUAAAUAAAAUAAAAGUUGUUAAUGUCA